GAUGAUUCAUAGGCAAUAUCGGCGGAUAUAAAAGUAUCAUCAGUUCUCAGAGAGAAGAUCCAAGCGGUGGGAUUCUUGGAUUUCUAUCUUCUUCUCUUGCGUACGACCUAGUACAGAGAAGCAGAUAGGGAACGAAGAAGAAGAAGAAGUGAAUCCCGGAAGAGAUCAUGUCUCUGUCAUGCGUUAAAAUGUCCGAAGAAGUUUGGUUAACAUGUCUUACUCACGCAUUGUCUACUGAGUCAGAAGAGAUCAUGGGUCUUCUUCUUGGUGACAUUCAGCACUCCAAAGGUGGGAAGGUCACAGCACUAAUAUGGGCAGCAUUGCCACAGCCACGAUCAGAUCGACAGAAGGAUCGAGUGGAGACUAAUCCUGAACAGUUGACUGCUGCCUCUGUUGAAGCAGAGAGAAUGACAUUUGCCACUGGAAGAAUGACCAGAGUAAUUGGUUGGUAUCAUUCACAUCCACACAUCACCGUGCUUCCUUCGCAUGUUGAUGUUCGAACUCAAGCAAUGUAUCAGCUUCUAGACUCUGGCUUCAUUGGAUUGAUAUUUUCUUGUUACAGUGAAGAUGCACACAAGGUUGGAAGAAUCCAGGUUAUUGCUUUUCAGUCCUUGGAUGGCAAGCAAAGUCAAAUGUUGAGAGCAGUUCCAGUUUCCUCGGCAAACAAAGAGGUGGUCAUCGACCUUGAAUCAUCCUUGAGUUCUUUAGAAAAUGUGUCUACGAGACUUGGCUCUGGAAAGGAAGAAAUUCUUGAAGAAGAUACUGGUGAUUCUAAAGCUGCCAGACUAUUUAAGGGUAGUGGAGGAACAUCAGACUUGGGAGGCUUUCUUUUCAGUGCUGAUGCGGGCCUAGAAGGGUCAGGAAACUACCAGGCCAAUGGCAUAGAUAGUGCCAUUGUUGAUUUAGACCCAAUGGAUAUGUCCGAUAGCUUGCAAGAAGCAUUGCAUCGGUCAAAUUUGGACAUUAGUGGUGCAGAAUUUGUGAGGAAGGAAAUCCCUCUCGAUGUCAUGCCAACUUCAUCUCUUGUCAAGUUUGAUAGUCCUUUAGAUUCGUUUACAUAUUUGCAGCGUGUCUUAUAUGAAGAAGAGCAAACAGCAUAUAACCAGGCUAUCUUACAGAAUACGAGGAAUGAUGGAAAGAUGCAUCCAUUUACAUACAUUCAUCACACAUCAACCUACCAGGCUUCACUUUGCAAAUUGAUGGAAUACUGCUUGGCUCCAGCCAUCAGCGCUCUUCAAGACCGUUUGAAAGAAAAUGAAUUACGGUUGGCUAUUCUUGACGAGGAAUCCAAGGUUCUGGAGAAGGAAGUCACGAUCAGAGGCAAGGAUCGUGGUUUAGGUUCUCCUCAGGGAAGUUCUCCGGUUAAUCAUAGUUCUAGUCCUGGAAGAAGCCGAAGCAGAAAAGGUUACUAGGGAAAACUCGAGACUUUAGAAACCGGUUUUGGCCUUUUUUGUGAUUUUGGACUUUUACAUUGGCUUCUUUAGCUUGUAAAAAUGUCAGUAUAGUUUACCUUGUGUCAAAGUUUAAAACUAAUGAAACCACUUUGUUUUGAAAUUGUGAAAUAUAUAUAUAUAUAUAUA